CAUGCGCAGCGGGGGCGGGCCGCGAGGUGGGAUGGCCGUGUCUUCCGUGUGCCAGCGCUGCCGCCUCAGCCGCGCUGCUCCUGCCGCUGGGUUCUUGCAUUGCCGGCGUUAGCCGCGCGAGGGGAAAGGAGGGCACCGUCCGAGCGUGCGUGCGCGGGGUCCCCGCAGUUCCAGCAGUUCUUCUCGCGCCUGCUGGGCGGUGCGGGGGGUCAGCAGCAGUCGAGGGAGGCCCUAGACGGCGCCAUGUCGGCGGGCGGCCCGUGCCCGGCAGGAGCCGGAGGGGGCCCCGGGGGUGCCUCCUGCGCGGUGGGGGUCUCCCCCGGCGGGGUCUCCAUGUUCCGGUGGUUGGAGGUGCUGGAGAAGGAGUUCGACAAGGCCUUUGUCGAUGUGGAUCUGCUCCUGGGCGAGAUCGAUCCGGAUCAGGCGGACAUCACUUACGAGGGGCGGCAGAAGAUGACCAGCCUGAGCUCCUGCUUUGCGCAGCUCUGCCACAAAGCCCAGACCGUGUCCCAAAUCAACCACAAGCUAGAGGCACAAUUAGUGGAUCUGAAAUCAGAACUUACAGAAACCCAAGCAGAGAAAGUUGUACUGGAGAAAGAAGUACAUGAUCAGCUUUUACAGUUGCACUCUAUUCAGCUUCAGCUUCAUGCCAAAACUGGUCAAAGUGUUGACUCUGGUGCCAUUAAGGCAAAACUGUCUGUCCCCUCUGUGGAGGAACUGGAGCAAGAGCUUGAAGCAAACAAAAAAGAGAAAAUGAAAGAAACACAACUUGAAGCUGAAGUCAAGUUACUGAGAAAAGAGAACGAAGCCCUUCGUAGACAUAUAGCUGUUCUCCAGGCUGAAGUUUAUGGGGCAAGACUUGCUGCCAAAUAUUUGGACAAAGAACUGGCAGGAAGAGUUCAGCAAAUACAGUUACUAGGACGAGAUAUGAAGGGACCUGCUCAUGACAAACUUUGGAACCAGUUGGAAGCUGAAAUACAUUUGCAUCGUCACAAAACUGUUAUCAGAGCCUGCAGAGGACGUAAUGACCUAAAACGGCCAAUGCAAGCACCACCAGGCCAUGAUCAAGACUCUUUAAAGAAAAGUCAAGGUGUUGGCCCAAUUAGAAAAGUUCUCCUCCUCAAGGAAGACCAUGAAGGCCUUGGCAUUUCAAUUACAGGUGGGAAAGAGCAUGGUGUUCCAAUCCUUAUUUCUGAGAUUCACCCAGGACAGCCUGCUGAUAGAUGUGGGGGGCUACAUGUUGGAGAUGCUAUUUUGGCCGUUAAUGGAGUUAACCUAAGGGACACAAAGCACAAAGAAGCUGUAACUAUUCUUUCUCAGCAGAGGGGAGAGAUUGAGUUUGAAGUAGUAUAUGUGGCUCCCGAAGUGGAUUCCGAUGAUGAAAAUGUCGAGUAUGAAGAUGAGAGUGGACAUCGCUACCGUUUGUACCUUGAUGAAUUAGAGGGAGGUAGUAAUCCUGGUACUAGUUGCAAAGACACAAGUGGGGAAAUCAAAGUGCUACAAGGAUUUAAUAAGAAGACAAUAACUGAUGGACAUGAAAACGGAGACCUAGGUGAAACUCCACUAGAAGACAGUGCUUCUAAGUUAGACGAUCUGCACAAUCUCUAUCAUAAAAAAUCCUAUUAAAUUGACUGUCUCCAGACAAGAUUGCUAAUAAGACUAUUCUGAAUUUGGGGCACUAGGGAAGUCAGUGACAGAGACUGUAUACAUAUAUCAAGGGAGGCUGUUUAUUGCCUAAAUGAAAGGCGGGUACCUCAGGGCUUUGUGAGAACAAUUCUAAAAAAUGCAUAAAACUUCCUGAUUUCUGUGGUAUACCCUAAUUAGCUGUUGCAUGUAAAAUGAUUUUGCUUUUCUUAAAAUUGUAAAAGCACCAAAGCAUGUGUUUCCCACAGGGAUGUUACUAAGCUCUUAAAUACCAUAUGAAGCACCACUGUUUAAAUUUGGUUCCUUUUUCAUUUAAGUAGGACAGUGUUAACUGGAGUUUUAUAAGAUAGCCUUUAAAUGCAAGAGAAUAAAUGGAUUCAUGUUACAUAUACCAAAAUGUUAAGUGUGGUGUUUCAAAGGACAGAAUUUUCCUGAAUUGCAGAAAUGCAGGCUUAAUUUUUUUUUAAACUGAAAGAAUGAUUUUAGGGGUUUUUUUUGUUUUCUUUUUUUACAUUUUUAUUGUGCAUCCCAAUAUCUAAAUCAGUCCUUAAUGGCCAUUAUAAUGAGUUUGCCUUUCAACUUUAUUCAAUGCAGUAUAAAAUUGUUUUCUUUAAGAAGUCCUUAAUCAAUGCUGCACUAGAAAUAGUUUCUGAGAAGUUACUGUACUUUGUACUUCCUGGUUUUUAAAAGAAAUGCAGAUGUGAGUGUAAAAUAUCUGUUCUGAAUUAUGUUGAUCUGUGUGCAUGGUAUUGGAACAUUAUAUUAUUAGUGUUUAGUUGUCUCAAGUACAUUUUUUCAGGGAUCCAAGAAAAGAUAUUUUGAGUUCAUAAAGUUUGUCUUGUAGUAAUCCUGGCACUUCAAGGUAAAUAUUUUUGGCAGAAAAAGCUCAAAUUUGUGACUAUCACAAAAUACAUGGCAUUCAAACAGCAAUUUUCUGUCAAAGUAAAUGAUUUGGCAGACUUUGUAGAGCUGAGGCACAAGUGGACCAGAUGAGUUAGUUGAAGACAUUUUAAUACAAUAAUUGGUUUGGGUGACUUUUCAUGAUAGUGUUUGUUUGAAAGGUUUUGAAAUGUGUUAAUUUGCCAGAAUCACUGUUUCAAAGGAUAUAUCAUAGAUUGAAGGGAAUAUUAAAUGGGGAAAGCAGAAAUGACUUUUAGAAUAUUAUGGUUAUCUUCAUUUUUAAUAUACAGAUGCUAUGUGAUAUAAAACAUUUUUUUGUCUUUCUUAGAUGCACUAUAUAUUUGUUGAUAGGUAAAUCUGUAAAAUGUAUAUACUUUAUUUGGUGGUUUUGUUAUUUAUAAAUUUUGUGUCUUAACUAUCGCUUGUUUAUAGUUUAUUUUGGGUGUUUUUUUUUUUAUAUGUGUAUCACCACAUUAGUUUGUAAUGGAAAUGCACUUCAUAGCGUAUAUUGUUAUUGAUAUUGAAAAACCUUGUAGUAUUGUGUUGCUUCUAAGCAAAGCAAGUGUUUGAUUGUACAACUGAAUUAGCAAGCUAAUUACUGUUCCUGACAGGCUAGGCCUUAAAAAAAAAAGAAUUCUUUUCCGUAUGCAUUUUUUGUUUUAAAUAUAUACCUUCAGCCAUGACAUAAAAUUCGCAAACUGGAUCUUAGCCAGCAUAUGCAUUUGGGAAAAAAUUGAGUUUAGAAAAUAUUUCAUUGUAGGAUAUCUGAACACUAUUUUUGUUGUGACUUAAAAUUGAAAUUCUUUUUUUUUUUUUAACACCACCUGGAAUGGAAUGAACAAGGCAUUACUAUUAUUUUUUUAAUCAAAGAAAAUAUUCUCUAAUUACUAUGACUGAAUCUUUAGAAAAUAUUGUUUAAAACCUUUUUAUCUUCUGGGCCUGAGCAUUAAUACAGUGGGUAGGGUGUUUGCCUUUCACACAAACACAGCUGACCCCUGUUCAAGGGUUUGACCCCUGGCACCUCAUAUGAUUCCCAGAGCACUGCCAGCAAUGUUUCCUGGGUGCAGAGCCAGGAGUCAGUAUUGAAUACAGCUAGGUGUGACCCCCAAGACAACAAAAAAAGCCUUUUGAUUUUCAAGAACUGCGUAAUAAAGUCUAUAAAGAAUUUUUUAGAACCUUUAAUUGGCUUUUUGUGUAAUAUGAAAGAUAAAUGGUUAUGAUACAAAUCUCCUUCGAGGGCUCAUAAACAGAAUAAAAUAAACUUCCCAGGUAUAGGUUUUAAAUUGCACACAUCAAUUUCUGUUCUACUCCUUUACUUUGGUCUGCAAGUCUAAUCAAAGCACUGUGUUGCUCAGAUGCUAUGGUGAGCUUCUAGUCAGGAAGCUCCCAGGUAAAGGUUCAUUUUAAAUUAUAUGAUCUUUGAGGUAUGGAUUUGAAAUGAGAAACUUUUCCCAAGGGGCUUAAUGAAAAGAAAUUUUUAUUUUUUCCACAUUUAUAGGAGAAAUAGUAUUCAAAUUUCUAGACCCAGAUUAAAAAGUACUGUUAUCAGCCAUUACAAUUAAUAAGAAAAAACAAAGAUACACAAAUGCAAACAGAAUAGCUGAGAAGAAAUUCAUAAGUGUGAUGAUUCAGUGUAUGGAUUUUCAUUUCUAAAAUUCCCUUCUGCAUUAACUAACAUUUGAAUAUGACAGAAAAGCAAUACAUGGAUUAUUUGAGACUUGUUAAAAGAGAUUUAACAGAGACGAAAAUUCUGUGAGUCUUGUCCUUAUGAAUGAACACUUGUGAAAGUUAGCAAUUUGUCCUUGGUGCUGUUUUUAAUCUCUCAUAUUGACCCUUUUAUUUUUUCAUGUUAGAAGCAAAAUUAUUGAUUCAUUUUGAGGUUGCACAUUAUUUGACUUCAUUAUUAUGUAAUCAAUUUUUCCACCUAUCCAGUCCUCCACUUAAAGUCAGCUACAAAUUUGUAGGAUUUAUGACAUAUAUAUCUAGUUGAGUUUAAUAUUUUUAUUAGCCUGUAAAUAAUGAUGACAUCUUCUACAUUAAAAAAAGUAUUGAUCUUGGGUUUUUUAAAAAAUAAACAGUUUGUUUCAUUCA